AAGAAAGUAGUAAGGGUUUGAUCACAUAUGUACACACAUAAAUUAAAAACAAUUUGCAAAUGAAUUGAACGAAGCUGCGUUAGUAAACACUUUGCUGACAAAAAUUGAGAUUUGGUAGUAGUAGUAGUAGCAGUGGAGAGAACAACACACAAGGAAUCAAUAUUGUACACACAGUAGCAUUGCAUCGGAACAACGUCACAACAACGACAACAUGGCGAUGCAAACGGAUAAACGAAAACUGUAUCAACAGCAACAAGAAAUCACAUUCGGUAGCCAACGCAUUCGCUGUUCAUUAUCGGCUACUUGCAACGACAAACCGAUUUGAAUGUGUUGGUGUGAGAGUGUAUUUGACUGUGACAUUCCAAACCAACAAGUCGGCAAUAAGUCACAUCGUGUCGAACCAUCACCAGUGUAAGAACUAAAAUUGCUGCGCAUAAAUUUUUAGUUUGCAUUAAAAGUGAAAUAUUCUAGCGAAUUGGAUUUUUGUCGGUUUUCCAGAAAAAGAGUUCGGAACAACAAAUCGGACACAUCAAAUGAAGAAGAAUAUGGACACAUUUUUAGUUCUUACACUAGGAAUCGUUCACAAACCGACCACAAACGAUGUCAGAACCUGGAAAAUAUGAAUAAAAAGGAUCGUUUCUUAGUUUGCCCCAACUACGAACCGGUCCACAAUCGUAUUAUUUCCGGCAACCAUACAAACACACCAAUUACCACAAACCGAUGAAUAUGAAUACAAAGGAUCGUUUCUUAGUUUGCCCCAACUACGAACCGGUCCGCUAUCGUGUUCUUUUCGGCAAUCAUACAAACACCCCGAGCAAUACCAUAAAUCGGUGAAUAUGAAUACAAAGGAUCGAUAAUUUUCUAGUUUGCCCCAACUAUGAGCCGGUCCACAAUCGUAUUCUUCCCCAGUACAAAUAAAAUGAAUAUCCUCCUCGGCCGUCUCCCGUAGUUUACUCCGUCUACGAGUAAUUUACGUUGUGUGAGUAGUGGCCUUGGCACCAAGUGCUAUUCUAUAGCAGUUCAUCACAUGUUGGAUAUUUGUGAUAUGAAAACAAGAACAUUUACCGUUGUUGAUUUUCGUGAUGCGGCUUUGCCAAAAAUUGAAAAAUUGCUCAACAAUAAUAAAAAGCCGAUAAUUGUUGGUGGAACAACAUAUUACAUUGAAACAUUGUUAUGGAAAGUGUUGAUUUCAUCGAAUGAACAAAAAGACCACUAUAAAAUGGAUUCGAGUGAUGCUUAUAAUCAAAUGCCAUUUGAAGAUAUUAUGAAAAAAUUAAAUUUCAAUAAUGUUAAUCUUGACGAUAAUUUGUAUUUACAUAAUGCACUUUCCAAAGUUGAUCCAGUGACCGCCCAAAGUCUUCAUCCAAACAACACACGUAAAAUUCGCCGAGCAUUGGAAGUGUACAUUCAAGUAGGUCGUCCAAUGAGUGAAGUGCUAGAAGAACAAAAAUCUUCCAAAGGCAGCAGUUACUUAGGUGGUCCAAUGCGAUUCGAGCACGUGAUACUCUUAUGGAUAAAAUCUGACCAAGCGAAAUUGAAUGCCCGUAUCGAUAGACGAAUUGAUAGCAUGGUUAAUGAUGGCAUGUUAUUCGAAGUACGUCAGUGUUACAAUUUAUUGAAAAUUAGUGGUAUCGAUCCGCAGAGAGGAAUUAUGCAGGCAAUUGGGUUUAAAGAAUUUCUACCAUAUUUGGAACAGUAUACCGAUGAAAGUUUUGACACCGAAAUCACCGAAUUUAUUCGUAAGCAUGGUGGACUGACUGGUCAAAAGAAAUUCAUAGUGAAAAAUCGAAUUUCCGAUGCCUUGAAACUAUUGGAAAAUUGCUUGGAUGACUUGCGAUUGCACACAAAACAAUACAGUAAACGACAAAUCAAGUGGAUACGAAAUCGUUUGGUGUCGACAAAAGGGCGGAAUGUGCCACCCGUUUAUGAGCUUGACAGUACAGAUGCAGAAACAAAUUGGAAUGAUAAUGUGUUCAGCAAAGCCGAAUAUAUCAUUCAAUCAUACAUCGAUAAUGUUGAAACGAAAAUAAAACCAGCCGAGAAAAAAGACCAUCUGGCAUCCAGUUUGAAUAUGCAUGUCACGCAUUUUUGUGAUGUUUGUAACAGACGUUUUGUUGGAGAUUUAGACUUUAAUGUCCACAUGAAAUCAUCUAUACAUCGAAAAACAGUUGAGAAGCAUCGCAAGCUGGCAGCAGCAAAAAUUAAUAAACAGUCCAUUUUAACACAAAUCGUUUAUAGCAUAUGGAAUUUUUGUAACGAGACAAGAAAGAGGAUUUUCUCAAAUUUUUCGAGAAAAUAGGAUUUUCGACCAUAGUUUUACCACACGUGUGUAUUUGAUGAAAUAAGAAAUGUUGUAUUGUAGAAAUAGUGCUUUUUAAAUAUGUACAUUUUAUGGUUCGAUCAAUAAAAUGACAAAU